UGCUUCCCCCAUCUCUCGUUUUCUCACUUGGCACGACGGAGUUGCGGCAAAAGCAGCAGCGGAGCUUAGGGGCAGUAAUGGAGGAUUAGGGUUUCGGAAGCCCCGAGGCCUGGGUCCCCAUGGCUGGCCCCUGGCGCUGUCUGCAUCGGCCGCCGUUGACCGUUCCCUCGCUGCCGACACUGAUUUAUAGGCGUAGGGCUCCCGUAGCCGCCGCCUUUAUCUCUCCCUCUUUAGCUCCGAGUUUGCGCGGGAUCCAGCUGCGGCCUUCUCCUGACGCUGCGAGGAAGAAAUGGAGAUUGGGUCAGGUUCAGUGUUUUAUACACGAAGAGGAGAGAAAGAAGUCUUUGGAGAAUGGUGGCUUCAUGGGCGUAAAUCCAUCUCAGGAAUUGGAAAAUGAUAAAUUGGAUGAUAAGGAUUGGAUUUCGAAGAUUAGAAAGGUAGUAGACAGAAACUUCGUGCUAGAUGGUGAACCUUGGGCGGUACCAUGGACUGGAGAAACCAUUGUCCAGGUCAUGCUUCUUUGGAUUUUGUCAUUCUGGUUUGUUGGGUCCUGGAUUGUUCCAUUUGUAGCCCAUGCAGCUGGUUUCAACAAAAGCUCGUUAACACUUCGUGGCCAAGCUCUGUACAGCCUCCUGACUGAUCUAGCUGAAGGCUUGGCUGGAAUUGCCAUUCUCCACCGAUGCCUCGCAAGAUUUUACCCUCUUCCACCUGGCUGGUUCAUUUUCAGGCUCAAAGGAAGCUGGCAUCUUGAUGUUGGUUUGGGUUGCCUCCUGUUUCCGCUGGUCAACUUUCUUUCUCGGGUCAACUUGAAUCUCGUCCCUUCUAUCCCAACCCCACCAAUGGGGGUUUCGAGUGUGGAGCAAUCAAUAAUAGCUCGUGAUCCUGUGGCCAUGGCUCUAUAUGCAAUGGUUGUUUCAAUUUGUGCACCAGUGUGGGAGGAAAUUGUAUUCCGUGGCUUCCUUCUCCCGUCGCUUACCAGGUACAUGUCCCUAUGGAGCUCUAUUUUGGUGAGUGCGCUUGCAUUUGCUCUGGUGCAUUUUAAUGCUCAAAGACUGCUGCCACUUAUUUGCCUUGGGGUGGUAAUGGGGAUCGUGUUUGCACGGUCUAGGAACUUGUUGGCUUCCAUGUUACUUCAUAGCCUGUGGAAUGGUUUCGUCUUUCUGGAUCUGAUGAAAUGAGUAAGACCUUGUUUUCAUUCAGCUCAACUUUUUCCAGCAUCUCCAGAUAGUACAAGUUAAUUGAUGUUUCAAUGAGGAGCACCCAAAAUUAUCAUCAUAUAUAUUACUCAGAAUUCUGCCUCAAUCACCAUCUAGUGGUUAGUGCCUAGAUAAAUACUAAUUCCCAGCUGUCAAGUAGAAGAAAUUGUGGGUUUAAGCAUUUGAGUUCCAAUUUGUGACACUGAUAUUGGAGUAGCAAUGGUCUUUCAAUGCUGGCAAUCAGAUUUGAAGUGAGUAUGCUUGUCCUGUGUAUUUUAGGAUAGCCUGUGUCCUGUUUAUGUAUGAUCUUCUAGUUGGUAUACUAAAGAUAUGCUGUUGGUUCUGAUACAUAGCAUGCUUCCUAUUCUUAGUCUUGUUAUUGAUAUGAACUUGUACAAUUUCAGAAAAUAAUACUUUUCUUCUUUUGUUGAAUAAUCAAUUCCAUUUGAUAAAUACAGAAGGGGAUUUGAACAUUGAAGAUAUCAUUUGGAUGUAA